AUGUUCGCACCCAGAGGUCGUAUGCUCAAUUGUCUCUUGGUUUUCGGUUCACUAGGUGCUGUUGUGAACUUUCCAGAAGGAUAUUCAAAUUCGUAUCCGAACACUUCAUACAAGUCGUUCCAAACGAUGAUCAACGAUUCCUACAUCAGACGAGGGGAUGAGGAUGGAAUCUCUCCCACGCUCUUCAUGUGGGUAUGGUCGGCGAUUUUAAACGUGUGGUUCAGUUGGCGUAUCUUGAACAUGAACAUCGUCACAGCCUACUUCACGGAAUUACGGACGAAAGAAGUUAGUGGUUACAAUAUUUCCAAGAAAACUGGAACCCUUUUCGGGGCAAAUAUUGUUGCCUUCUUGGGCGCGGUGCUCGCCUUCCUAAGCACCGUGUUCUCAGUGCCGGAGUUGUUCUUUGCCUCCAGACUGAUCGCCUCAUUCAGUUCUGGCGUCUCUUUCGGUGCACUGAUACUCUUCCUACAGGAAGCCACGCCCACAGAAUACCGCGGCAUGACGUCAUUCCUAUCGGAAAACACGUUCAUAGCCACAACAGUGAUGGGCAUCGGAUUUGGGAUGGAUGCCGUUUUCGGUAACAAUCUACCGGUACUCACAGGAAUCGCUAUGAUACCGGCUGCGGCUUCAAUUCUUCUCAUCCUUCCACUUCGAGAAACACCGAAAUUCCUUCUGCUCAAUCGGAAGGAUCGAAACGCUGCAAUGGAGUCAUUAAAGUUCUACCGAGGUGACUCACCUGACUUGGACGCUAUUCUGGACGAGAUGCUGCUCGAGAUGGACGACCAUACCGCUCCAAAAAUGUCUUUGGUGUCCUCGGCCAUUACCGUCUUACGUGAACCAUAUCUGCGGACACCAUUCUUCAUCGGUUGUCUAUGUCUCCAGGUCGUUAUUGGUAUCUGGUCGAUAAUCUAUCUUUCCACUGAUAUGCUUAUGGUGCAUUUUUCGACGGAAAUCGCUCAACUGGCCUCAUUAGUCUUCAUUGUAUCCAACUUUGUCGCCGGUAUGGGUGGCAUGUUCAUCAUUGAGAGGUUCGGUAGACGUACUUUAGUGCUCUGGCUUGGAAUGCUCAAUACUGUUUCGUUGGCUUUAUACGUGGUAUUCGACCAGUUGACAGCUGUGUACAACCCAUUCAGAUGGGGAACAAUCAUUGCCUUGAUACUAUUUGGAAUUACCUAUGGCGUCGGCCUUGGCCCAAUAGCAUUUUUCAUCACUUCGGAGCUGGUAAACCAACAACAUCGGUCAGUUGUGCAGUCGAUGGUGUUCGCAGUGAACACCAUUGCCAAUUUCGCCUUCACAUUCGCCACACUUCCAGCAUACACAGCGAUCCAGUCUUGGGCAUUCAUUCCUCUAUUCAUCAUUCCUUCAACGUUUUCAUUGAUCUACCUGUAUUUCAACAUGCCUGAAACGGUCGGUAGAGAAGUGCACGAAAUCGUUGAGGAGCUCAUGACAGGUGAUUCUAUAGAUUCCUCAUUUGGAUGUUGGAAACUGAAGGCAUACAAACGUCUAACAUAG